AUGACAUUUAAACAAUUAUUAAAUAUUUAUAAUUUAAAUUAUAAAUAUCAAUAUAAAAAUAAAAUAAAUUUAUAUUUAAUAAGAAAUGGAUUAAAUAAAAAUUUAAUAAAAAAUUUAUCUAAUAAUAUAUAUUUAUAUUUAUUUAUAUAUAAAUUUAAAAUUUAUUCUUUAAAAAUAUUAAAUAUAUUUAGAUUUCCAGAUUGGAGUUUUUUUGAUUGUCCUAAUAUAAAUUAUGAUAAUAUAAUUUAUUAUUCUUCUAUAUUAAAAGAUAAUAAUUUAAUAUUUUAUUUAAAAAAAAAUUUAAAUAUUAAUUUUUUAGAUUCUAUAGUUAUAAAAAAUAAUUCUAUAGAUAUUAUUUUUGAUAGUAUAUCUAUAUUACAUACAACACAAUAUUUUUUAAAAAAAUUUGGUAUAAUAUUUUCUCCUUUAUUUGAUAUUAUAUAUAAAUAUCCAUUAUUAAUAAAAAAAUAUUUAGGAACUGUAGUAUCUUAUAAAGAUAAUUUUUUUGCAAAUAUAAAUUCAAUUAUUUUCAGUGAAGGUUCUUUUUGUUAUAUUCCAAAAUAUAUAAAAUGUAAUUUUAAUUUAUCUACUUAUUUUAAAACUAAUUCAUAUGAUUUUGCUCAAUUUGAACGUACUUUAUUAAUAAUUAAUGAAUAUUCAUAUGUAAUAUAUUUAGAAGGAUGUAUAGCUCCUAUAUAUAAAGAAUCUCAAUUACAUGUAGCAAUAGUAGAAAUAAUUGUAAAAAAUUAUAGUUAUGUUAAAUAUUAUACUUUACAAAAUUGGUAUAGAGGUGAUUAUUUAGGAAAUGGUGGAUUAUAUAAUUUUACAACUAAACGUGGUAUAUGUUUUUAUUUUUCUAAAUUAGAUUGGAUACAAAUAGAAAUAGGAUCUAUAAUAACAUGGAAGUAUCCAUCUACAAUAUUGAAAGGUGAUUUUUCAAUUAGUAAUUUUUAUUCAAUAUCUUUUAUAUCUUGUAUGCAAAUAGCUGAUACAGGUAGUAAAAUGUAUCAUAUAGGAUCAUAUACUAAAAGUUAUAUAAUUUCUAAAAGUAUUUCUUUAAAUAAUUCUUUAAAUAUAUUUAGAGGAUUAGUAUAUAUUAAACCAAAUUCUUAUAAAUCAUAUAAUUAUACUGAAUGUAAUUCUUUAAUAUUUGGAAAUAAUUCUUUAACAAUUACUAUUCCUUAUAUUAAAAAUUAUAAUUAUACUAGUUAUAUAAAACAAGAAGCUUAUAUUUCAAAAAUUGAAAUUAUAUAUUUAUUUUUAUUAAUGCAACGUGGUUUAAGUAUUUCAGAAUCUAUUUCUUUAUUAGUUAUAGGUUUUUGUUCUGAAGUUUAUAAUAAAUUACCUUUUGAAUUUAAUUUAGAAAUUCCUAUGUUAUUUUCUUUAAAAAUUAAAGAUAUAUUUAAAUGA